GCUCCAGCCCCAGACAUGUCCUGCUACACCCCGUGCCUGCCCUGCCAGCCCUGCGGCCCGACCCCGCUGGCCAACAGCUGCAAUGAGCCCUGUGUCAGGCAGUGCCAGGACUCCAAUGUCUUCAUCCAGCCCUCCCCCGUGGUGGUGACCCUGCCCGGGCCCAUCCUCAGCUCCUUCCCACAGAACACCGCCGUGGGAUCCUCCACCUCCGCUGCCGUUGGCAGCAUCCUCAGCUCUCAGGGAGUGCCCAUCAACUCCGGGGGCUUUGACCUCUCUGGCCUGGGCAGUGGCCUCUGUGGCAGGAGCUGCUUCCCCUGCUAAAGCUGCUCCCUGCUCUGGGCUCUCCCCUUGGAUCCACCUCUCUUCCCUCCCUUGACACAUUAAAUUCUGCU